AUGGUAUCUCCCCUGCCAGAUACUUCUGAAAAUCAGAGAUUGAAUAAUGAAGAACAAAGUGCUAAGUGGGAGCCAUACGAGAGAGGCUUCACUGAGGAGUCGACCCUCCAGAAUGACCAGAGCCCUUCCAAUGGAGACAGCAUUGCUCAGUGCCCUGAAUCUGAGAAAACACUUAACCAGGGCUGCAGUGUUCAGAGACGUAUGAGGACUCAGUUUUCAGAGAACCAAUAUGAAUGUUAUAAAUGUGGGGAAGUCUUUCAUCAGAGAUCUAACCUUAUUACACGUGAGAGUAUCCAUUUGGGAGAAAAUCCUGAUGAAUCCAGUCAGUGUGAGAAUGGUCCUCAGCAGUCCUCCAAUAUUGGUGAUCAUCAGAGAAUUCACGAGGCCAAAAACCCAUUCAGAUAUGCUAAACGUGGUCCCACAUUUAGUCAGUCAUCAAGACUAAGUAGAAAGAAGACGAUCCCUAGUGGAGAGAAAACACCCAUUUUUAAGGGAUGUGGUAAAGUCUUUGACUGGCACUCAACCCGAUCUCAGCAUCAGCAAAUGAAUACUGAACUGAAAUCAUACAAAUGUGAAGAAUGUGGUAAAACCUUUAAGUACUGCUCAUCCCUACAGAAACAUAGGCAAAUCCAUACUGGAAAGAAACUCUACAAAUGUAGGUGUGGCAAUGUUUUUAAAAUUCACUCAACACUUACUCAACAUCACAGAAUUCAUACUGGAGAAAAACCUUACAAAUGUAAGGAAUGUGGUAGGUCCUUUAACCAGCAGGCAUACCUUACUCGACAUCACAGAAUUCAUACUGGAGAGAAGCCUUACAUAUGUCAAGAAUGUGACAAGGCCUUUAAGUGUCACUCAACCCUUUGUAAUCAUCUCAGAACUCAUACUGGAGAGAGACCUUACAAAUGUCAAGAAUGUGGCAAGGCCUUUCAUCAGAGCUCAUCACUUACUGUACAUCACAGAAAUCAUACUGGAGAAAAACCUUACAAAUGUAGGGAAUGUGGCAAGGCCUUUUCAUUGCACUCAAACCUUCUUAAGCAUCACAGAACUCAUACUGGAGAGAAACCUUACAAAUGCAAAGAAUGUGGCAAGGCCUUUAACCAGCACUCACACCUUAGCAAACAUCAUAGAAGUCAUACUGGCAAGAAACUUUAAAAAAUGUAAAGACUAGGAGUAAGGACUGUAAAACCCUUACAUCACAGACCUUGCAUCCGAUAUAACUGGAGAAUAUCUAUACACAUCUAUAGAAGUCCAUCCUCUCUCUCCCUGACACUCACAACAUCGUAGUUCUAUGGGAGCAACAUGGUAAAAUGUGAUGAAUGUGGUGAGACCUUUAACUGGAAUUCAAUCUAUACUCAGUGUCCCAAAAUGAACACUUGGUUCAAACCCUAGAAACAUGAUUGUGGAAAGACCCUCAU